UUACUGGAUGACCUUGAACCUUCAGGAGCGAGAUGGCGGGCAUCUGGAGGCUGAGUGUCCUCUGCGGUGCCCAAGGAGGCAGAGCUCUCUUCCUUCGAACCCCAGUGGUCAGACCUGCUCAAAUCUCGGCAUUUCUCCAGGACCAACCUAGCCCAGGAUGGUGUGGAAUACAGCACAUUCACCUGUCACCCAGCCGCCAUUCUGGUUCCAAGGCUGCGUCUCUCCACUGGACUGGUGAGAGGGCGGUCAGUGUUGUGCUCCUGGGCCUCCUUCCAGCUGCGUAUUUGCAUCCUUCCUCUGUGAUGGACUACUCCCUGGCUGCAGUUGUCACUCUCCACAGUCACUGGGGCCUUGGACAAGUUGUUAUUGACUAUGUUCAUAAGGAUUCGUUGCAGAAAGCUGCCAAGGCAGGCCUCUUGGCCCUCUCGGCUCUCACCUUUGCUGGCCUUUGUUAUUUCAACUAUCACGAUGUGGGCAUCUGCAAAGCUGUUGCCAUGCUGUGGAAGCUCUGACCUUUUUGACUUAAUAUCUUGCCAAUUGAUUGUACACCUCUUUGCCUCUGCUCUGUCAUGCCAUUCAUC